GGACCCUUUCCACCCGCCCAUCUUGCCCGUCUUGCGUUCGGAAACCACUCUCAACAUCACUCGCGGACAACAGCAACACCUCUCACGCAACAAACAUGUCCCAAGUCACCACCUCCUCCCCGGCAACCGCCUCACACCCGGUCAUCCGCAACGUCGCACAACCAGGCGUCUCCUACUUCACUCCCGCUCAAAUCCCGCCAGCCGGAACCGCCAGGGCGGAAGAUAAUGACACCGUCCCGAAGCUAUUCACUCCCCUAACCAUCCGCGGAGUCACUUUUCAAAACAGAAUAUUCCUCUCGCCCCUGUGCCAGUAUUCGGCGGACAAGGGGAGGCUUACGGACUGGCAUUUGACGCACCUAGGCGGGAUCAUUCAGAGGGGGCCGGGGUUGAGUAUCGUUGAGGCUACUAGUGUUACUCCUGAGGGAAGGAUCACACCAGAGGAUAGCGGUCUGUGGGAAGAUUCGCAGAUAGCCCCGCUGCAACGUAUCGUCGAAUUCGCACACUCGCAAAACCAAAAGAUUGGCAUCCAAAUCGCUCACGCGGGCCGCAAAGCCAGUACCGUUGCACCCUGGCUCGACUUUGGGGCCACCGCCGUGGAAGAAGUCGGUGGUUGGCCGGACAAAGUCGUUGCCCCUUCCGCCAUUGCCUAUUCCAAGACGUUUCCUUCGCCAAAGGAGUUGGACAAACAGGGCAUCGAACGAAUCAAACAGGCAUUCGUCGAUGCGGCCAAGCGGGCCGUCACUGCAGGAUUCGACGUGAUUGAAAUUCACAACGCCCACGGGUACCUCCUGCACCAAUUCAAUAGUCCCGUCAGCAACAAACGAACCGACGAGUAUGGAGGAAGCUUUGAAAACAGGAUUCGUUUGACGUUGGAGGUGGUGGAAGCCGUCAGGGCGGUCUUGCCAAAGGAAACACCCUUGUUCCUUCGCAUCUCUGCCGACGACUGGUUGAAGGGGGAUUCAGAGUUCCCGGAAUCUUGGACCGUCGAGGAUACGAUCAGACUGGCACCCCUGCUGGCCGAACGAGGCGUGGAUUUGCUCGACGUCAGCUCCGCGGGCAUCCAUCCCAAACAAAACAUCUUCAAGCGCGGCCCGGGCUACCAAGCCCCCUUCGCACAAGCCAUCAAAAAGGCCGUGGGAGAUAAACUCCAUGUGACCGCUGUGGGAUCAAUCGACACGGGAAAAUUGGCGGAAGUGCUUUUGCAUUCGGGAUUGGACGGGAUCAUGGUCGGCAGAGGGUUUCAGAAGAAUCCGGGAUUGGUCUGGACUUUUGCUGAAGAGUUGGGUGUGCAUAUCAAGAUGGCCAAUCAGAUUGAGUGGGGAUUUGCCGGAAGGGGUGGCGGGAAGAAGAAGGCGGAGAAGAAAUGAUGGUGCUUCUCAGGAGGCCCGGCCAUUGCGGUACGGCGUAGGAGGAAAUUUAGCUCACGUUUGCGUGGGGGGUGGCUCAUGGGAUGGGUAAAGCGUGAGAUAGGGAUGAACUGCGUCUCCAGCAAGGAGUUGGGGAAGAAGUGUUGAUCCCGCUGACGCCCCUCCCAGUCUAGCUUCAGUUUAGUUAUCCCCCUCUCUUUUAUGUAUUCGAUACUGUAUCCAAUAAGGGAAGAUGCCACGUUGCUUGCCUCUCCAAGACUCUCAUCCCAUUCUAUCGUACUGCAUCCCGCUGUCUACA